AUGCCUCGAAAGAAGACGCAGGCGCGCCGGCAGCGCGCGGCGGGGGCGAGCGCCUUUGGGCGGGCUCUCUUGCAUCAGCGUCUGAUGGCUCACCAGCUGCAACAGGAGUCGUACUUUGCGGCGGUUAAAGCGGAGCAUCGCGAAGAUCCGCACCUGCUGCCGUCUCUCUCUUCGUUCGCUUCCUCUCCGUCCGCGUCUUCGGCCCCGUCGGCAUCCUUCGCUUCGCACGAAGGCAGAGGGAUUGCUGUCUCGGGCAGUUCGACUCGACACCACCUCCUCGACUUUCUUUCGGGGCGCAACAUGGACGCUGCAUUUCUGGAGAAGCAGAAACGCAGUCACAACCUCCAGUCGCUCACGCAACAGUCCGAACUCGACUUUUACCUCUCAACCGUUCUCGCGUCUCAGGACCAGUUCCUCAUCAACAAGGGCGAGGCGCGCGUCUGGCUGAAGAACGAAGAAGAGAGUGCGUGCUUCACGGCGCAACCCGUCUAUAAGGCGACGGGGAGGACGGGCGAAGCAGGCGCCGAGAACGAGGAAGAAGUGCCGAUCCCACGAAGGCCCUUUCGCUUUCCAGUCGUCUGGUUCGAAAGCGAGGACGCCGGCGGGAGGCGACGCGAAGAAGGCGAGGAUGGGGAGAGGGGCGAGGACUGGCGAGUGCGGCGGUCGGAGCUGCGAAAGCGAGACAAGAUGAAGAGGAAGAACAGACAGCGGGUUGCCGUGCUCCUCAAGGGGAAGAUGGAGGAGGCGACGAUUCACAACGUCGAGUUCGUUAGUGCACACCGGCGCGAACAACAAAUCAAGUGGUCAAAGAAGAAACAGAGGGAAGAGGAAAGAAGAAAAGGAAAAAACAAGUCGCGGCAAGCGAAACCCGGCGCCAGAGGGCCUCUCGCAGACAGCAGCGAGGGAGACGAAGAAGAAGAGGAAGACGAGGAGGGAGAGGAAGAAGAAGAGAACGAAGAGCAGGAAGAAGAGGACGGAGAGGAGGGAGAAGAAGAGGAAGAAGAGGAUGGAGGGGAGGAAGAAGAAGAGGAAGAAGAUGAAGAUGAUGAGGAAGAGGAAGAAGUCGAGGAAGAAGAGGAAGGUUCGCGUUUGUCUGUACCCUCGAGUUCGUCGCGCAAAAAAUGGGGCGAGCCUGGUGUCACGGACUCUGUCCCGUCGGUGUCUGCUCUUCCUCGGACGGCGGCGGAAUUGGAUGCCCUCGAGCGCGACGCCUUUCUUCGCUGGCGGCGAGAAGUCGCGUUCCUCGAAGAGAAACGCGGCUUUUCCUUGAGUCCCUUUGAGCGGAAUCUGGACGUUUGGCGGCAGCUGUGGCGAGUGGUAGAAAAGAGUCACCUUCUCCUGCAAAUCGUCGACGGCCGAGACAUCCGCUUCUUCCGCAGUCGCGAUCUCGAAAAAUUCGUCAAGGAAGUCGACCAACGAAAAGAGGUGGUUCUCGUCGUUAACAAGGCCGAUCUGAUUCCGCCGAGUGUGCGACGAAAGUGGGCGGAGGCGCUGAAAAAAGAAAACGUUGAGCACGUCUUCUUCUCGGCUCUGAAGGAGCUGACAGACCAGGCUCGGGAGCGAGAGGAAGAACGGCGGGCGAAAACGAACGAAAACCCAGAAGAGGGAGACGAGGAAGAGGGAGAGGAAGAGAAGGAGGACGAGGAGGCGAUGGGAUUAGAAGGAGAGCUGGGCAACAAGGAAGCAGCUGGAACUGGUGCGUUCCUCGGCUGCUGGUUGGACGACGACGUCUCAAGUUCCCUCGCCGCCUCGCCGUCGUUGUCGCCGCCCGUUCUGAACACGCAGGAUCUUCUCUCCCUCCUCUCUCUGCGCCGGGAACGUUUUCUCGCUUCCUUCGAGGCUCAGAAGCAACGGGAGAAAGCGCAGCACGCGACGGCCGCUGGUGGAGAGGCGAGGCCUGGGGCUGAGGCGGAAAGAGACGGCGCCACGGACGAGAAGGCCCCGCACGCGCCGCCGCCGUUCAUCAUCGGCCUCAUCGGCUUUCCCAACGUGGGUAAAAGCUCCGUUAUCAACGCGCUUCUGGGCUCGAAGAAAGUAUCCGUCUCGCGACAGCCAGGAAAGACCCGCCACCUCCAGACGCUGCUCGUCGGCGACACGGGACUGACCCUCUGCGACUGUCCAGGUCUUGUGUUCCCGCGACGUGUUGCGACUAAGCACCACCUGGUUGUGAACGGCGUCCUUCCCCUUGACCACAUGCGAGGCGAGUUCGUGCCGUCCAUCCAGCUUCUCUGCGACCGCAUCCCGCACCAGCUGCUCAGGCGCUAUGCUCUUCCUGCUCCUGAUGCGACGUCGUCGCUCUCUUCGCGUUCUCCAAAGAACCGCAGUGCUCAGACCGACCGCCGGCCCCGGGCGUCUCGGGGACAGGAGCCUCGCGCCGAGCAUCGAAGCGGCGUGUCGGAGGCGUCUCGGCUGCAUGCGCCGAAUUUCCUAGAGAGUUUAGCACAGAAGCGCAAGUUCACAGCGGGCGGCAAAGGCGGGCAAUGGGAUUUGUAUCGCGUGGCGAAAAUGGUGUUGAAAGACUACGCGUCGGGUCGCGUCACUGCCUGCCGCGGGCCAGACGGGUGCUACUACGACGGAGAAGAAGAAAGGAGAGAAAAAGAGCAAAGGGCAGUCUGUGUCGGAGAAGGAAGGCCGAGCGACGGCGAAGCUGCACAAGGCGACGGUGGAGAAAAAGGCGCAAACGGAAGAACCCGAGUCAUCGAGGAGGGAAGGCAGAAGCCAAGAGGUGGGCGCGAGGGACCGGCGGACGGCUCUUUGGCUGCAUGUGCAGAGCGAGGGAAGGAAGACGAAAAGAGAGAGAUGGAGGGCGAGAGUGAAGCAGAGGAUCUCCCGCUGGGGACCUCGCUGGACCGCGACGCCCGUAACUGCGUAGAGAGAACGUCCACACAAAGAUCUGUGGGAGCGGAGACCGGAAAGGUGAACCGGGCGUUCUGGAGCGGAACGGCUCUGACGCAAGCACGGGCGAGCGUCGGCCAAGACCUCGAUCCUCGCCUGCUUCAGGAUUUGCUGGACGUCACGGCGGACGAAGAUUUUGCGCAGAUUGUCGGCACAGAGACGAGUGUGCUCAGCCUCGGUGAAAACCCACACCGCGGCAACGAGGGGAAAAACGGCAUGACGAAGCGGAAGAUGCGACACCUACAGAAGCAGGUGCUGAAGGGACGAGCGCCAGUGUCUUGA